CCACACCACAUCAAACAGCUGUAAAAAAGUGUACCAGUGGCAGGGCUGGGAAAAGGAUGCUGUAUGUGUGCUACAGAAACUGGCAUUUAACAGGGCCAGUUUUUUCCUCAUUCUUUGUCAAAUGGACAAAGCUGUUAAAAUUGCUCAAGCAGUGAUGCCCUAGUCAAAUCUGCCUACAUUUGCAGUCUGUAUGUUCUUUUGUUGUCUUUUUUUUCCCCACUGGUUAAGCAAGAUUGGUUUGGGAUAAAGUUCUGUGUCUGUAGCAUGGUAUUAUUGCUGUAGCACGACAGUAGGGCUUUAUGGGGUGAUAUACUCCUCAUGCAAUGUCAGUUAAAGUAAUGAAAGGUAUUAUUUUGCCCCUUGUACAAUCACUAAAAAGUUCUUAAUAGGGAGAUAUCAAAGAGCUUUCUGGCCUGUAUUUGCUCAGAGCAAUUAUCUUGACACCAACAGGACUACUCGACUGGGUGAAUAUUGUGUUUUUCUUUGUAAUGAAACUCAUUUUAAUAAGAUCAGUUACUAUUUCUAAAAUGGCAGGUAAAAGGUGAAGAAAGGUGGAGAAUCUCAUGACUUCUGCUGUUUUUCUCUUUUCUGAUAAAUCUUUUGACUAUUGACUUGUCUAGAACACUGUUUUUGUGAUAGGCCUUCAUUCUCUGCUUAGAGACCAUUUCAACAAGAAAGUGUACUCUCAGCUUUAGCAUACGGAGAGGUUUCAGUGAAGUAAGUUGGCUGUAGGCAGGUGUGGUUACAGACCUUGUUAUCUCCUCGAAUGAGUAAGGCAAAUUUUGUAGAGAACGGUGCAGUGCAGAAUUGGAACACUGACUUUGAUUACCUGUCUUGCAGAUGGCCAGUUUAGUGAGUAAGAGAUCAGUGUGAUGCUGUCGUUGUGUUGUGUUGCACGAUGGCUAAGAGAAUGUGCCCGUGGGAGUUACCCUAUGACUGUUAAUUUUAACAAUGUCCCAGUGAAAGCGUUGACCCAGGAUUCCUGCCCUGCUCUGGCCGCCUACAGAAGUCUCCCUGAAGGCACCUAGAUCUGCCCUCCUUAUCUGAGUCUCCUCUCAGACAUACUCUGAAACAUUAGGCAGCCUGUUUGGAGUCAACUCUUCUCCACGUAAAGGUGGGUAGGUACAUAUCAUUCUAUUUCAACACUCCUAGUAUCUAGAGACUUACAUUUUUAUCACUUUUCAAUUAUUAUUUUUAGGAGCCUGUUAAUGUAGUGUCUUGAAGUGUCCAGUGAUGGCGAUGCUGAGUGGUUGGUGCAGGACUCUGACAGGGCAGCUCAUGACUGACAGCUGCUGGUGAACAAGAGAGCUGCCCAGAGACCUCCCCGAACUGCAGGCAACUUUGACAGAGGGAAAGCAUGAACUGGCAGAAGACGAGCAGAAUAACUGACUAAAUGGGACCAGGUGGCUUUUUGAUCCCAUAUCUUAUCAUGCUGGUCGUCGAGGGGAUGCCGCUGCUCUACCUGGAGCUGGCCGUGGGGCAGCGCAUGCGUCAGGGCAGCAUUGGUGCCUGGAAAAUAAUAAGCCCCUACCUCUGUGGCGUCGGCGUCGCCAGUGUCGUCGUCUCCUUCUUCCUCUCCAUGUACUACAACGUGAUAAACGCCUGGGCCUUCUGGUACCUCUUCCACUCCUUCCAGGACCCCCUGCCGUGGGCCACCUGCCCCCUGAACAGCAACCGCACGGGCUACGAGGAGGAGUGCGAGAAGACAUCGUCCACCCAGUACUUCUGGUACCGGGAGACCCUGAACAUCUCUCCAUCGCUGGAGGACAGCGGGAGCGUGCAGUGGGAGCAGGCGCUCUGCCUGAUGCUGGCCUGGCUGGUGGUCUACCUCUGCAUCCUCCGUGGCACUGAGUCCACCGGCAAGGUGGUCUACGUAACGGCCUCUUUGCCGUACUGCGUUCUCAUCAUAUACCUCAUCAGAGGUUUAACACUUCACGGCGCUGUGAACGGCCUCGUCUACAUGUUCACGCCAAAGCUGGAGCAGCUGUCGAACCCCAAGACGUGGAUCAGCGCUGCCACGCAGAUCUUCUUCUCUCUGGGCCUGGGCUUUGGCAGCCUCAUCGCAUUCGCCAGCUACAACGAGCCUAGCAACAACUGCGAGAGGCACGCCAUCAUCGUCUCGCUGAUCAACAGCACCACCUCCAUAUUUGCCAGCAUCGUGACUUUCUCCAUCUACGGCUUCAAGGCGACGUUUAACUACGAAAGCUGUAUAAACAAGGUGAUCCUGCUGCUGAUGAACGCUUUUGACCUGGAGGAAGGCUCUCUAACAGCAGACAACCUCAACGAGAUGAAAGAGUACCUCAUGGCCACCUACCCGCAGGAAUACGCCCAAUUAUCGCCGCAGCUUAAAAACUGCAGCUUGGAAGCUGAACUCGAUACAGCUGUCCAGGGGACGGGACUGGCAUUUAUAGUCUAUUCUGAAGCCAUCAAAAACAUGGAGGUGCCCCAGCUCUACUCCGUGCUCUACUUCGUCAUGCUGCUGAUGCUGGGCAUCGGAAGCAUGCUGGGAAACACCGCCGCCAUCCUCACACCGCUGACCGACAGCAAGGUCAUCGCUGCCCGUUUCCCCAAGGAGGUGAUCUCAGGUGUUGUGUGCUUCAUUAACCUCGUGAUUGGCCUAACCUUCACUAUGGAGGCUGGAAAUUACUGGUUUGACAUAUUCAAUGACUACGCGGCCACCCUCUCGCUGCUGCUCAUCGUGCUGGUAGAAACCAUUGCUGUGUGUUACAUCUACGGGAUAAGAAGAUUUGAGAAAGAUCUUCACACCAUGAUUGGGCGAAAGCCCAACUGGUACUGGAAAAUUAUGUGGGCUUUUGCUAGUCCUUUGCUAAUUAUAAGCCUAUUUAUAUUUUACAUUACCGACUACAUCCUCACAGGAACACUGCAAUACCAAGCAUGGGAUGCUACACAGGGGCAGCUGGUGACCAAGGAUUACCCAGGCUACGCCCUGGCGGUGAUCGGGCUGCUGGUGGCGGCGUCCACCGUGUGCAUACCCCUGGGGGCACUAGUGACUUUUAUAAGGAAGAGGCUGAAGAGGGAAAGAGUUUCAACUGUGGCAUGAACGGCGCCAGCUGGAUAUGGGAAGACCUCACCCCCCCAUCGUCAGUGACCAGGCGCUGCUGGAAGACAGCAGCAACCAUUAUUUGUAGCAACUAUUUAUAGAGUCAAGAAUGGUGGGUGCUAUAUUGACCAAAAAGUGCUCUUAGGAGGUUCCACAAUGGUUUGGGGGGAAAAAAAAAAAAAGGUCUUCUGUAACAAGACGAAGCUUUAAUAUGGCCUCUAUAAGAGGGGAAAAACAGAAGAGCAGCUCACAAAAUGCUAGCACAAAUUAACCAGCGCCUCAACCCAUUACACGACAUUAGGUAAUUCUUUUCCGCUUUGUUGUAGCACUGCCGCUGUGGAAACCUGAGCAACCAACAAAGCAUGUUCCUGCACCAAAGUGCUGGCAAAUACCCUUACCACUCAAGAAAGCCAGACUCGGGCACGCACGUUAUUUGAAAUGACGUCUGUAUUUCAUCAACAGACAAAACUGUUGAGGUCUUGCCGCGCGAAUGUGAAUAAUCCUUUUCCUACAAGGGAAAAGUCAGCGGGAUGGUAUUUGAGAUAAAUGUGUCCAACACCCCCCCUUCAAUACUUGUGUCCAGCAAAGCGGUUUAUAAAUAGGUGUGUAUGUGUGUGUGUAUAUAUAUACAUAUAUAUAUAUAUGAGCUGCAGAAGUUCUCCCAUCUCCAGAAGUAAAAUUCCAGUAUGUAAUUGUGCUCUGUGCUGUACUUCGUAUUAAAUAGGAAUGCAUUUUUUAAGUACACUAAAAGAAAUCUGUGAUAAAGCUGCUUUACAAGCCCCACCCAAACAAAAGUAUGCCAUAUAAUUAGCUUUGACAAAGUUCAUAUCCAAGUAUACUUUAAUCAUGAGAUGUAACAAUCCAGCAGUUCCACAGAACUGAUUAAUUUCCCUAUGUGAAUGUUGUAUAAAGAAAGCAACAUUUAAAUUAUAAGCUUCAGUAAUAGAAAACAGUAAAAUACUGUCUAUGAACUUUAAAGAGGUCACUCUGCAGAACAACAUUAGGGACACACUCAUGGGAUGAGGGUUCUUAAUAGUCUUAACUAUGUAACC